AUGGAAAACGCACGCAACUUCAACGAUCUGACUGGUGGGCAAUUAUUUCAAUUGCGAACAAAUUCGAAACGUGCUCAUACGAGACUCGUAACAAGAAUUAAUGAGCUUAUCGUUCGGCGUGCGUCUAAAUUGAUGAUAGAACGAGAGGCAACGGCAUUAGCUGAUGCUUUAGCUACCAUAAGAAACAUCAACGAUCAUUAUGUCAUCGCUGCCAGAUUAGAUGCUCAAGAACAACGUGACGCAGAAGAAUACGUCCAACAAAUUGCCAAUCUGAACGCAGCAACACACGCGGCCAUUCAAGCUUACUUAGAAACAAUUCCCACACCACGUCGUGCCAGUUGGAACAUCUCUGAUAACGUAAUCAAUCAACCAUUAAGACCAAAUGGAUGGAGCAUUACCCAAUCACGUAGCGAAUUUCAACAAAUCAACCCACCCAUCGAUCAAAACGCUAGUGUCCAUAAUGGACUCGAAAAUGUCGGUGAUAAUCUUCAGCCACGCGGAGAAACCCCGGAUCAGCAAAACAACGAAGGCCUUGUUCAACAACCGGAUCACGACGUAGAACCAGGUGACGCCAAAAGGCGAAAAAUGAUGCUCGAAUAUCAGUUGACACAAAAAGACAUUCAAAUGGCACGUCAGUUAGAAGAUUUCCAACGUCAAGGACAGAGAGAGCGCGAAGACCUACUAAGCAAGAUUGAACUUGAAAAAAAGAUAAUUGAUUCAGCCAAUCUGACUUCAACUCAAGGACCGCUUCUUUCAUCAACACCUGUAAUACGAACCAGUCCGUCAGCAUUCCCUCCUGCAGAGCCUGAUGCCUCUCACAUCCCAAUUCAGCAAAAAACUACAACUGGGUCGUCGAUCAGAUGGCCAAAAAUUACCGUUGAGCGUUUCGGUGGAGAUCCGAGAAAAUGGAGAAAAUUCGAUCACGGAGUAAACGCAACAAUUCGAGACACCAAUAUGCCAGAUUCACUUAAACUUCUCAGCCUACAAGAUGUUCUCGUAGAUGAAAUAAGAAAAAAAAUGGCUCAUGUAUUUAACAACGGUUUCACCUUUGAAGCGGCUUGGGCGGAGCUGUCCAGUAGAUACGGCACACCAGGUUUAAUAAUGCAAGCUCACAACGCACACCUACUCCAAAUCCAGCCUUUUAGAGCAGGUGAUUUCAACUCGCUCUUUGCUCUCGCAGCCGACGUCAGAGACGCUGUGUCCAGCGUUUCGGAGGAUCAUCUAGCCGUAUUCACGUUUUCAACGGUGGUCUCAUCUCUUUCAACAAAACUCCCCACGCAGCUACAAAUUGAUUGGGGCCAGCACGCCUAUAAACUGCGACCAAACUUACCUUCUCUCAAAGAUUUCGACAACUGGAUAGACAUCGCUGUCGGCGCUGAAGAAUAUCGCGGAAAUCGUUUCUCAACUACACCAAAAAAUGUCAUGACUCCUGCACUGCGGCAACAGAGCAGUUACGGUGCAGAAAAAAGUAGUGCCUAUAGAGGCCCCACCAUAUUGUCUAAUACAAUAAAGGAGGAUACAAAUCGAGUUCCCAUACCUCAAUGCGCUGCGUGCAACGAAAACCCUGGUCAUCGUCUCGAAAACUGCAGCACUUUCAAGAAGAUGUUAAUCAACACACGUGCUGCCUUUGUAGCUGACAACAAUCAUUGUUUUAAAUGUUUGUCGAAAGGCCAUUACGGACGCAAUUGCCAGAAGACUACCAUCAAAUGCAGUUUAUGUGGAGAGGCCCAUCACACACUACUUCAUGGAGCAGAUCGACAAUUCCCGAAAAAAAUAGGUAACCUCAAAAUUCUGCUGGUUCGUGCCCCUUCGAAAUCUCUACGCCCAGUAUUGUUAGCAAUUGUUCCCGUUAUGGCUCAAGAAGGAGCCAUUUCGGUAAAAUCGUUUGCUCUUUUAGACCCCGGCAGUGAAGCCACAAUAAUGUCUCGUGCGCUCGCAAACAAAUUAAUGUUGUAUGGCCCAAAGCUAAAAAUACGUUUCGGAAACUUCAACAGCUCAGUGGUAUUAGAUUCUGAAGUUGUGAAAUUUACGAUUAAGUCAUCUUCCAAUGUAAUUAUCCAAGCAUCGAAUGUUUUUAUCGUACCUAACAUCAACUUGUCCCCUCGUAAAAUCAACUGGCCCUCUCUCAAACACCAAUGGACGCACCUAUCCGACCUUGAACUAGAAAAAACUGAUUCGUCACUCGUCGAGAUUUUAAUCGGAAUGGAUCAAUUGUCAGCACACUCAAUUAAGAACAUCAGAGAGCCUAUCGAUGGUGAAAUCGGCCCAACGGCAAUUCAAACUAUUUUUGGAUGGACGAUCGUGGGAAAAAUUCCAACAUUUCUCACUAAUGGCCCAAGCACUAAGAAGAAUGUCAAUACGCAUUCUAUUGCGGAAGAAGUUUCGCUGACCAGCCUAGCAGAUAGUUUCCAUUCCACUGAGUCCUUUGGCAUCGACGUAGUUGCACCGAAUGUCAUGUCGUUUGACGAUUCACAGUGUUUAAAGGUGCUACAAACUUCAAUCAAAUUCAUUCGUUGCGGAUGGCAAGUCGAUUUACCACUUCGUUCUUCCAACUUAAAUUUACCAGACAACAGAACACAAGCGGUUUCUCGCUAUUACGGAAUGGAGCGGAAAAUGAAGAAACCGGAAUUCCAAAACGUUGCAAUUCAGUACAACGCCAUAAUCAAAAGGCUUAUUGAUUCCGGUACAGCAGUAAAAGUUGACAAAUCAGAACUCAACGGUCCAAUGGGAAUGGUAUGGUACUUGCCUACUCACUAUGUAACGUAUCCGAACAAGAAUAAAAUAAGAGUUGUAAUGGAUUGGGCCGUCAAAUUCAAGGAUCGCUGUUUAAACGAAGAUUUAUUUCGUGGUCCUAAGCUGAUUCCAAGUCUAAUCGGCGUUCUUCUACGCACCAGACAGUUCCGCGUAGCAAUUUCAGCCGAUAUCGAGUCGUUUUACCAUCGUAUUGGCGUACCCCAGCAUCAUCAGACGCUUCAACGCUUCGUUUUUCGACCCUUUGGCAGUCAGGAUCCUCUUUCCACAUUUCAGAUGACAACACUUGUUUUCGGGGCUGUCCACGCCUCCACUGCAGCCAUAUGGGUAUUGAGACACGCAAUCAGACAAGACCAACAAUGUUCAACAAUUUCAGCAACGAUACACGAAGACUACUACUCUGACAACUUAUCAAAGUCAUUUGAAACCGUAGAAGAGGCCAUCAAAUUUUCCCACGAUUCAAAAACCUUUCUUGGCAAUCACGGUUUUAAUUUAACUGGAUUUGCGUCAUCUUCAAGUAGCCUGCUGGCUACAUUUCCUCCGGAUGACAGAGCAGCUCCUCUCCGAGAUUUAAAUUUCGACGCCUUGCCCACGGAAUACGUAUUCGGUUUAGGAUGGGACUGCAAAAAUGACUGUUACCGACUCAGAAUAAAAACAAUGCCAUCAGUGACAACGAAACGAACACUCCUAUCUGCCUUGGCUCGAUCUUUCGAUCCACUCGGAAUCUGUUUACCUGUUAUAACCUUUGCAAAACUUCUUUUCCAGUCUUCCUGCAGUCUUCGGACAGCAGUGCCUCCUUACAAGAAACCGAUCGGAUGGGAUGAGCCUUUGCCCUGCAACAUCGUGGCAAAGUGGAAUAACUGGGCAGGCCAGCUUCAGUUACUUUCAGAAAUUUCGAUUGAACGUUGUUUUCGACCGAGUGAUUUUCCUUUAGACAAAUGUGUUUUCGAUUUAAUCGUUUUCUCUGAUUCGUCUUCCGCAGCAUUCUGUGCCGUCGCCUAUUUAAAGGUUACAUGCUGCGAACGCAUUCACUGGAGUUUUGUAAUGGCAAAGGGCCGUAUCGCGCCCGUUGGAAUUCAUUCUCUCAGCAUUCCUCGUCUAGAACUACAGGCUGCUGUUGCUGCUGUGAGGCUAGCGCGGACCAUCAAGGACGAGCUGCGAAUCACGAUAUCCAGCACCGAGUUUCGAACGGAUUCUCAAAUCGUCCUUCAUCAAAUUCAAUCUGAGUGCCGUGAUUAUCCAACAUUCGUCCGCAGUAGAGUAAAUGAGAUCCUCCAACACUCUACACCGGAGAGCUGGGCGUUCAUUUCAGGAGAAGCUAACCCAGCUGAUGAUGGCACGAGAGGCCAGACCCCCAGUGAAUUCAAGAAAAGCUGUCGUUGGCUUAAUGGACCACAGGGCGUGCAAGAAUAUACUCCAUCCAUAGCGUUUCUUCAACUACAAGAUCCAGAAAAUCUGCCCUCAUGCGUCAUCGGACAGUUAAAUGUGUCACCAUUGCAAUGCUCAUAUCCUGCCAUAGCAAAGGCCAUCAACGAUUGCCACACGAACCUUGCCGAUCUUAAACGUGAAGUCGCUUUCCAAUUGAUUGAUGACCCGGCCUCUAAAACCGAAUUAACUAAUUCGAAUCUGGAAGAUGCAUUACGUGUCUGUCUCAUCACGGCAGCAGAAGAGUCUUUCCAACGAGAGAUGAAGGCAUUACGACAAGGAGCGCCCAUUCCGCGUGAUUCCGAUUUAAGAAAAGUUAAUCCUUAUAUUGAUCCAGCGGAUGGCAUUCUCAAGGUAAAUGGCCGGCUGGAGCAUGCUCCUCUUACAGAAAGCGCCCGUCAUCCUGUCAUAAUUUCUCCAGAUCAUCGUCUCGCUGGUCUUAUCAUAAAUCAGGCUCACGUUGAUGCACAUCAUGCCGGCGUGGAGCAUACCCUUGCAACAAUCCGAACCAAAUACUACCUUUUGAGAGGUCGUCGUGCAGUCCGGAAGAUAAUCGCUCGCUGCGCCUCCUGUCGCUUCAACAAUUCGAUGCCCAGUCAACCGAUGAUGGCAAAUCUUCCAAAGGAGCGACUCCAACCCUACGUAACGCCGUUUUCCUCCUGUGGUCUGGAUCUUUUUGGGCCGCUACACACCGUCAUCGGCAGACGGACUGAAAAGAGAUGGGUUAUGCUGGCGAAUUGCUUUUCGACUCGCGCUGUCCAUCUCGAGCUUCUAUAUUCAUUGUCCAGAGACUCUUGUCUGAUGGGAGUAAGGCGUCUAAUUGCUGAUCGUGGUCGUCCUGUCAACAUUUAUUCAGAUAACGGAACUAAUUUCCUUGCUGCCGACAAAGAAUUGCAAGAAGGAGUCAAGAAUCUCAACUCGAGACUAGUUGCCGACGAAGUUAUUAAUCAAGGAAUCAACUGGUCAACGUCUCCUCCUACCGGUGCGCAUUUUAACGGUGUCACCGAACGCCUGGUGGCAUCUGCCAAAACGUCGUUGUGCGCUGUGUUGAACGGGCGCGCCGUAAAUGAUGAGGUGCUGUUGACUGUUUUGAAGGAAGUGGCCUCGCUUCUAAAUACCCGCCCAAUCACACAUGUCUCAACUGAUCCUUUUGAACCUGAACCGCUCACCCCAAAUCAUUUCAUCCUGGGAUGCCAUCAUCCUCAUCUUCCUCCGAAUGUUGAAGAUGCAUUUCAUGGCGCGUCCAGGAAGCAUUGGGAGCAAGCUCAAUUCAUUGUAAAUCAAUUUUGGAGAAGAUGGAUGCGGGAAUACGUUCCAGAGCUCAUCGAGAGAAAGAAGUGGAAUAAAAAAACGAGAGAAAUGCGGUUAGGCGAUCGGGUCUUAGUAUUAGAUGAUAAUACUCGCCGUGGUUUAUGGGUCGUGGCCACGGUCACCAAAUUGUUCCCUGGGGAUGGCGGUGUCGUGAGAAAAGUUUUGGUUAAAACCUCCAAAUCUGAAUUUGUUCGCCCUAUUGUAAAACUAUGCUUGAUUUCAGAUGCUUAA